AUGGAGAAGGGCGCUGCCAGCCUGAAGGAAGGCCUGAGGGGGGAAGAGGCCAAUGCGGGCCCCUCUAGAGGCUCGGGGGACCCUCAGGAAGGCCCCAGCAGCCAGCUGGCCGAAGAGGGCGCCGUGUCAGGGGCCAAGGGCCCCGGGGUGGCCCCAGACCCCCCAAGUGGUGCCCCUGGCCCCCAUGCAGACUCCUGGCUCCAGAGGAUGCUGGGCCUGGUCCUCAAGGCCUCAGACCUGAGGGUCUCCCUGCCAGAAGCGCCCCCGCUGACGGUGCUGCUCCUGCAGAGAUACAUGGCCGACGGGCUGCCGCCCCUGCCCGACACCCCCUGCCCGGCCUAUUACUAUGACGUGACUGUCACGGAUGGCACCUGCCAGGAGAAGUGCCUCCUGGUCCCCCAGCUGAACGGCCUGGUCCAGCAAAACAGGCUCAGGGCUGGCCGGCGGGUGAAGAUCACCCAGUGUUCCUACAUGUACAACGAGCGGAGCCUCAGCUCGGGCUUUGUGUGCAUCGAAGGGCUGGAAAUCCUAGCAGGGGCCGCGGCCGUCCCGGGGGCUGCCUCCCAGCUGGGAACGUGCCAUGUGAAGACCGUCCUCCCCCUGAAGGGGGGCAGGAAGCAUUACCUUCCUCUGUGGAACAAUGACGAUCCCUUUGGGGACGUGUGGGUGGCGAGGAAGCCCCCGAGGGAGGUCGGUCUGGAGGAAUUAAAACCAACAUCUAUCUCUAUUCUGGACAUGAGCUGGGAAAGCAGAUUCAGCUUCCCACCGUUGCGUGUCAGAAUCAUCCAUAAGUCUCGUUUACGGUAUUUUGGAAAACCAAAAUCAAAGCUAGAUGUGCCAUAUCAGGCUUGUUUUGAUGUGGCUGAUCAAUCUGGCAUGGUGUUAAUGGUGCUGUGGGGCCCUUUAUGCCCUGAAUGGUAUCACAGUAUGAACAUCGGCACAGUGCUGCUGCUUGAAAAAUAUGCUGUGAAAAAAAGUAUAUUUUCUAAAAUACAGCCAGGUCCUGAAGAUUUGCACCUAAAGAGAUUCAGUUCAAUAGAAAUUGCUUUGAACGUUCGAGACCCCCCAGCUAAAAUUAACAUCAUUCCAGAACAUAAAAUUAAACCAGAGUGGAAGUUGCCUGAAGUUGAAUAUCAGUUUGCAACAAGAUCUGAACUGGACCAAUUAGCACAAAAUCAGUUUUGUGAAAUCAUUGGACUUGUACAAUACGUUGGACGGGUCGAGCGCAAGAGGAAAAAAGGUUGUGUGGAAGACUUUUGGACAUAUCGCUGGGUACAUGUUGUUGACGGGACCUCAGAGCAGCCUUUUAUGAUAGAAUUGUUUUCCACAUCUCAGCCAGAUAUAUUUGAGCAAAUUUACCCAAUGACCUACUUGGUCUGUACCCAGAUGAGAGUGGAACGAAUUAUUUCCGAGAAUGGUUCCAGUAUGGUCUAUUUAACAACUUCUGCGAAAAGUCAAAUGUUUAUUUCAGGAUGGCACAAGGGCCAGCCCUAUAGAAAAGUUCCAAAAGUGAAAAACUUUAUCCAGUGGAUGGUAAGCCAAGAGGAAGCUGCCUACGCAGACAAGGUCGUCAUUGGGGGAUACUACGCCUUCCCGCCGCUCCCACCUACGUUUGCAGAAUAUUGUAAAAAUAUGAAUGAAGAAUUAGUUUUGAUAUACAUCAGUGAUAUUGGCAAGGAGAUUGACAGUUUGCACUACAGGGAACAGAAGCACAUUGCUUUUCAAGGGAUAAUUAGUGCUAUAAGACGUGUCAGCUGUAACAGUACCUCCCAGAAUGCCUCAGGAGAAUCACCAAUGCAGGUAUGGUUGCACCGUUUUUUGCAAGAUAGCUCCGAUGAAGAGGACGACAAUGCAGAAGUGAUGGAAACAGCACAAACACAUGACAGGCACAAAGGAAUAGCUGAUGCAUCUGAAAAAGUUCACCCACAAGGGACGCGCUGCUCUUCCUGGGAAAGUGUUCUCUGGACCACGGUAAAAGGCAACCUGGCACAGCACUUGAACUUCAGCAAGAUUUCCCCAGAAAGCUUCCCUUGUAAAUUUAAUUAUGAUCACAAAGAAGCCUUAUUGAAACAAUACAACCUUCAAGCAGCCAAAUUCCAGCCAGAAGAGUGUCUAACAAGUGGAGAAAUGAGUCACUUUGAAAAUGCCUGUCCUCUGGAAUACUAUGAAGUGGCUAUUCUUGGCAUAAAUCACGAUGUAGCCAUAGAGGUUGCCUUCCUGAGUGACUCUUACUUAUUUCAAGUCAAAGAUACAUCACAAAAUGCAGGACCUUCUCACAUAAAUGAUACUUCACCUUGCCAGGAGACCAUUAACGAAGAAGGACUUUCUGAGUUACUUUCACUUCCAGAUGAUAUCAAAACGGCUGCCCUGGAGAAGCAACGUGUCAUCUGUAUUCUGGACGUAUGUCCCCUGAAUAGUGACAAAACUGAAGUCUUUCUUAGGAAAAUAUAUAAGAUAACAGAAGUUGAUGUAGUUAACCAAACAUAG